GAGAAAGACUGCACAGAGGCAGAGCUCUCCAAACCGCGAGGAUGAAGAAGAUUGCGGUCCUGAUUCUAGCGCUCAGCUGUUGCGUAUGUGAAGUGCCGGUCAAUGAAAACAAUGUCAAGUGCCCGGGAUCCACCAGCUGCAGUGACAUCUGCUCCCUCACCUCCAUGAGUCAAACCCUGGGAGCAGUGGGAGAGAAGGUCGCCAACAUGGCGGAGAAAAUAGCACUCCUGGAGGCCAAGUUGCUCAACACUGAGAGAGAAGUCCUGGAGCUGCGCAGCCUCACCGGAGGCAAACCUCAGGUGGCCUUUUCUGCAGCUCUCAGGGAGUCUGGCUCCGGAGACAUUGGACCUUUCACCACUAGUACGCCACUUAAGUAUAAGAAGGUCUUCUCCAACACUGGCAAUAGCUACAAUCCUUCAACAGGCGUCUUCACAGCACUCGUCGGCGGGACGUACUUCUUCCGAUUCUCAAUGUUCAACAACCUCAGUCCUCCUUCCAACUCCGUUGUGAGCCUCAAGAAGAACAGCGAGCUUUUGGCAUCUGUCUGGGACACUUCAGGCACGGAUAGCAAUGACAUGGGCAGCAACGCUGUGGUCAUCGACCUGCAGGUGGGCGACAACGUGUAUGUGGAACUCCACGCAACCAGGAGGGUCUACGAUGAUGGCAUGAACUACAACACCUUCGGCGGCUUUCUGCUCUUCACCGCUUGAUCUGCACGGGGUCUUCAUUGCGUGCAGCUCCGGAGGUGCCCGCUGGUAAAAUGGUUCACUCAAAAGUAAACAGGAAAUCAGGAAAUAUGACAACAAAUUUGUUCGAGACAUUGUAUUAAUAAAUAUAUAUCAAGAUUUUGUCGGCA